AUGGGCAAUGAUACGGGCUUGGUUACCACCUUACUACACCGAUUAGCCACGACUUUCAAGAUCCAAGAUUUGGGGACACCAAGCUUCUUUCUAGGGAUCGAGGCUCUCACAAUUGGCGACAGUUUUCAGCUCUCUCAGCGCCGGUAUAUGCAAGAUAUUCUAUCCCGCUCUGGCAUGACGAAUUGCAAGGCCUUGGCUACAUCGGCUUUGGUUACUCAACCGGCAACUCCGUCAACCGAUCCGUUCGAGAAUCCCAUGCAGUACCGUCGCAUUGUUGGGGCUCUGCAGUACCUCACCAUCAGUCGUCCAGAUCUAGCGUAUUCAGUUAACAGGUUGUGUUUUGCAGGUUAUAUCUCUGGUAUGAGCUUGAAGAUACGUAAGGAUGCUCUGCUUCAACAAAAGAAAAUUGAGGAGGAAGAGCCUUGGUAUUUGGAGUGGUGA